CAACAAUGGCAGAGAAAGAAUUUGCACCCUUUUCUCAAUCCUCAAACUCUAAGAAUUUAGAAUUCUUAGAGAACAAAUCUGAGAGAUUUUAUGCACCCUCAGGCAGUUCCUCUGCCAUAGUGGGAGAAAUAAUAGGGCACUCAACCUCUCUCCCCAACACUACAACAACAAACAAUAACAAUGAACAGUUGGUUAUGCCAACAUCACCACCAAGAGCACCCUCCUCUAAGAGAUCUCGUGGCAGACCAAAGGGCUCCAAAAACAAGCCCAAGACACCUGCGGUGGUUAUGGUAGAGCCUCAAACAUUAAUGAAACAAAUAUUUAUUGAAAUCCCUGCUGGGUAUGAUGUUUUGGAGUCCAUCAUCAAGAUGGCUUGGCGUCAUGAAGCUGACAUCACAGUGCUGAGAGGUUUUGGUAUUGUCUCUGACAUCACCAUUCACAGCUCGUUAUCUCAUACCCCACCACUCACUAUUGAAGGACCUGUCCAAAUGACGUCUCUCUCUGGCACUUAUGUCAAUCCCAAUGUUGAUAAUGUUCCUUCUGAAGUCAUUGCCAACCCUGCAUGUUCUUCUUUUAGCAUUUUCCUCUCUGGUAGUCAUGGUCAAGUGUAUGGUGGAAUUGUUGUAGGGAAGGUCAUGACUUCAAGUGUUGUUAUGAUUAGCGCCACUCUUAUGAAGAAAACCAAGUUUUAUAUGGUGGCGUAGUCCUUUAUCCUCCCCCUCCCUAUGUGAAUGUGGUGCAAUGGAACCACUUCACUC